AUGUUGACACCGUACAUGGACACCUUCCACGGGGAGUCCAGUGUCCUCCUCCAGUUACUUACUCCUAUGCGUAACAUUGGUUUACACGCUUACAAGCUGCAAAUAGAGGACGAGUCGGUAAAGCUUGUUGCUCAUAAGGAUAACACAGUGAGAAAGCCGCAGGCAUAUAGUUAUUGCGAGAACAGGCAGAUUUUGGUUUUCAAAUUCGACGACAAGAUCAAACGCGGCGAAUAUACUCUAAGUAUGAAAUUUAACGGCUCUUUGCUCGGCAUCACAGGCUUUGUCGCAACCAAUCGUACAGACCACCAAGGGCAGACAAGGCAAUCGUACGUAACGCUGUUCGGAACGAAUGACGCUCGACGUGCGUUCCCAUGUUGGGACGGACCAGUGUGGAAGUCGAAGUUCAACAUUUCGGUCGUGCAUCCAAGGACACACCGAGCCUGGUCGAAUAUGCCGCUGAAGGAUCAGCGGAUGACAAAACUAGCGGAUAACAAAACAUUGACGAACUUUAAAACUACGCCAAAUUUACCUGCCCAAUCCUUAAUAAUCGCCGUUGUGGAUGUCGAACACGUCGAUAUACUGUACAAUGAUACUCUACACCCAACGUGGAAGAUCUACAUAUGGUGCACACAUGAGAAAAAAGACCAAGUAGAUGUAAUGAGCGUAGCUGUCCCAAGGAUUGUUAACUUUCUGACUAAGUACAUGGGUAUUGCUUGGAAAAAUUCAGGCAUCGACUUGAUUGCGUUUCCGAAUCUGCCGACUAAAUUCGUUGGAGGUUGGGGUCUCGUUAUUGUCAGAGAGGAGGAUGUCAUCGAUAAAGGAAACUUUAUCGGGUACAAAAUAGAAGUGCAGAGAACAGUAGCGUAUGCAAUCAUACAGCAAUUUAUCGCAACUUUCAGCGGUAGUACCACGUGGUUUGUUGAACGGCUUACGAAAGGGCUUGCGUUAUAUCUCAGUUAUUACAUCAUAGAAGAGAGCCAUCUAUACGACCAGAUGACAGAUCUUUAUGUAACGCAGAUCCAACAGCCUGCUCUGCAUAAUGACAUUAUUUUAAAUGUGUCGUAUAUUACAGACAAUUCUGAUCCGAUUUAUACAUCUCUCAUCAACAAUAAAGCAUCCGUUAGCAUGCACAUGUUGCAACAUAUUAUUCAAAAAGAGAAGUUUAAUCAAGGCAUUGCUAAAAUUUUAAAUUUUGAGCAUAUUUCACAAUAUCCUUAUCCAUCACGAAACAACAAUAGAUUUCGUGAAUGGUACACACCUAUAACGUACACCACGCAGCAAGAACUUAACUUUUCGAACACUUCGCCUAGAUUGUGGUUGGCAGAUGAAAUUAUAACAAUUAAUGUAACUAAUCCAAAACACUGGAUCAUAUUCAACAUACAACAAACCAGUGAUUACACAAGCGCUUCCUAUGAUUGGUGGCAGUUAUUCCAACGAGAAAUUGUUGUGGACCGUUACAAAUAUAACUUAGAGCACGUAAUGUACAAGUGGACAUCGCAAACAAACUAUCCUGUAUUGACUUUUGUGGAACAUGAGGAUGACUACAGCAGGCAUAUUUCACAAUAUCCUUAUCCAUCACGAAACAACAAUAGAUUUCGUGAAUGGUACACACCUAUAACGUACACCACGCAGCAAGAACUUAACUUUUCGAACACUUCGCCUAGAUUGUGGUUGGCAGAUGAAAUUAUAACAAUUAAUGUAACUAAUCCAAAACACUGGAUCAUAUUCAACAUACAACAAACCAACUUUUAUCGCGUCAAUUACAACACCGACUAUUGGUUUUACAUCACGCAUCAUCUAAACGAAAACGAUUAUAGAAAGAUCCACCGCUUGAAUCGUGCUCAACUCAUCGAUGAUGCGUAUCAUUUUAUGAUGAUGCAGGAAAUGCACUACACAGUCUUUCUCGAGCUUACCGGAUACAUGUGGAAAGAAAUGGACUAUGUACCGUGGCACUCUAUGGCGAACGUUUUGCACUAUAUGUCGCCCUUCUUCGAUUUCUUAGAGAGUGAAUAUUUCAAGAACGCACCCAGUAUUCCAUAG